CUAACUAACGCAGGUCGUUAGCUACAGCCAUGUGAAGGCAGUGUAGACCGCAGCGCUGGCCUUUCUGGUAAACUAGUAAACAUGAGUAAAAUGUGUCAACCCCUUUUCUACAUUUCGGAAAUAGCCGGCUAGCUAACAGUGCUGAAGAUGUCGGUGUUUAGCCUGACUGCUGGGCGCACAUGCCGCAGCUCGUCACUGAAAAUCUUCGUGCCUCCGUUUAACCUGCUAACAAACAACGGACACUCGGUAACAAACGCUGUAAACUCCAACAGGCGAAGCGGCAGCUGCCUGAAGAGCCACAUGACUACCGUAACGCGUCUGUUCAGCUCUCAGCCACACAACCCAAAGGUACCAGAGGUCGCAACAUGGGAACCGGUACCAGAAGACCAACUUCCCCCGCCUGCACAAAUCCCUGCAGACCUUGUGGACAAACUGGAGCGCCUGGCCUUGGUCGAUUUCCGAACCAAACAGGGACUGGCGUGUUUGGAGAAAGCCAUACGAUUUGCAGAUCAGCUUCAUGUUGUUGACACGUCGGGAAUUGAACCAAUGGAUUCAGUUCUGGAGGACAGGGUUUUAUACCUGAGGGAAGAUGCAGUGAUGGAAGGGGACUGUGCUGAAGAACUGCUUCAGCUCUCCAAAAACACCGUCGAAGAAUAUUUUGUGGCACCACCAGGAAAUAUUCCUCUACCAAAAAGGGAGGAGAGAGCUUCCAUACUGAAACACUCAGAGUUCUGAUGUUUAUGAUUUUGUCCUUGAUAUUUAUUACUAAUUUUUAAUUUGGAUACUGGAUGUGUCCACAGUCUGUGUCAGAUAUGUUGGCUGAGGACAUAUGGUCCCUUCACUGUAUAUCUGUAACAGCUGUCAAAAGCUGUGUUGAGUAUACAGUUGGUUUGACAUGCUCUGGAAGAGGAAAAAUAAAAAGCUCCUGUACAUUUACACUGAUUUCAUUUUUCAGUGUCACACCAGAUUUUAUGGGUUUUUUUUUGUUUUGUUGUUUUUCCAGUUUCAGUAUCAGUUUAUGGAAAUGGUGAGUCAGCAGUUUGUUGGGCCAGAGGGUGUAAUGAGGAUAUUCAGUUCAGUAGCAGAACAUUGUUUUGAUUUGAUAGACAUUAUUUUUAUGUGUCCUGUAGUCUUGCAGUGCUGUAUAAAUAAAAAUAUAUAAAAAA